AUGUUGAAGAAGAAGUCUGUGUUUCUAGCGACUCUCUGUACGCUGUCGGUGACAAUGUAUGUACACAUGUAUACGAUGAGACCGGUAUUGGAGAAAGGAGGAUCACUGUCAAACUCACCAUCUCUUAGUGAAGCUUCUUCACUGCUUGAUUCAGCGGACGUUAACGUGUUCGAGAACAAAUGGACAUAUGAAUACACGUCGUCUAUAUGUACGGGUGAUAACAGCACGUCCACGGCGGAGGAUCUGCUGUCUAAGAAACGACCUGAGCUCCUGUCCAACUACAAGAACCCAUGCUGGAAGACAGCGACAACCCGGAGGCAAGGCGAGGCGACUGUCGAGUGUAUGCCUUACUUCCAUCUUCUGGGAGUUGAUAAGUGUGGCUCAACCGAUCUCUUUCAGCGGAUCCUGCAGCAUCCAGAAAUGGAACCGCCUCUCUGUUCCGUGGCUAAGGAGUGCUACUAUUGGGCAUGGAAGAGAGUGUCAAGAUACACCAUAGCCAUCUUUCUCCCAGAGGUGAGCCAAGCCAUCGUAGACCACUACAAGGAUACAGUGAUUGCAUGUCCUGUCACUCAAGGGGAUUGGAAGACCAUCAGUCUGGAAUUGAAGCAGAGAUGGAUUCUCCCUCAUACUAUACUAAUUACAGAUUUCUAUGGGGUGGACGUCGGAGGCCUGGGUCAUAUGUUAGAUGCACAAAUCUUCAAUGCCUCAGAGUUGAAGGAGUGUAUAGAAGAUGGCAGCAUAUGCUUGCCCGAACCUGAACCAUUACCAAAUGAUGAUCUGGAUAUGCGUUACUUCAUACUUCGUCAAUAUCUAAUGAAACCCUACUCAAGAAGAGGUCUGCCAGGAGCUGAACUGAUUUCAACUACAGGAUCUCCAAAGCAACAAGAGCCGUGGAGAAUGCCUUUGAUGCGAAUUCAAGUCAGCUGCUAUUCCAUAUUUCUAAAGGAAUGGCUGAGAGUGAUCCCAAGAGAAUCUUUUCUUGUUUUAGAAGACUACGGCCAUGACAUAAAAAAAACAUUUAAAGACGGUUUUAACUUUCUUAAUAUAAUGUAUAUUGUUUCCAAUUUGAUGUGUACAAUUACUCCUACUAGGUACGUACGUUAUAUUGUGAUGUCUUUUCAAGGUCGUUUACCGGAAGAAGACAUGGAUUUCAUUUCUAGUUCAAAGAGGAAGCACGUGACGAUAAAAAAGAAAAACAAAGGAGCAAUGUUGGACAAAACACGUGAUAUGCUGAACAAGUUCUUUGAGCCGUAUAAUGAGGAAUUGGCUCUGUUGUUGCAAGAUUCCCGCUUUUUAUGGAAGGAUAGUCAGUGAAUGCUGCAUCCAUGUUAGGUUUUUGGAUUUCAUCCCUGCACUGAAAUUGUAUGAUUCUAAACGCAAGUCUGAACACGUUCCUUGUGUAAUAAUCUGACGUUACUGAAAUACUGGACGUGACUGCAGUUUGCUAUAAUGUGAUAUCACAGGGUACAUUUCCAUCGGCUUCAGUGACUGGCUCAGU